GUACAUAUAGCCAUUCAACGUUCCAACGGCCGAGGGACCGGUUUGUUUGUGUUUUGGUUUGGUUUUGGUGCCGCCGUGAAAAAUCAAUCGAGAGUCCGAGCAGCAGCUUCAUCUGGGAAAAAAUGGCAUCGCCGCGCAAAGGAAACUCCGUGUACCAGGGUGUCUAUGGAGCACUACGAACGCUGCUCCAUCUGACAGCGGCCGUACAGUUCUCCUAUGGUAUAUACUACGAUUAUACCUAUGUCGAGUUUCCCACCACCGAGCCAGAGAUGCGGCUGCACCACCCAUGGGGGGGCAAAUUCAAAUAUCUAACGUUCCUGGAUGCGAUAAUACAGGCCCUGUACUAUAUCGUUUCCCUGGUCAACGAUUUUGUGGGUACCAAUGAGCUGGCUCCCAAGAAGGCACCGGCUGUGCGUCGUUUCAAGGACUGGUUAAUGGCCACUCUGGCCUUUCCGGUGGCCAUUAAUGUCGGUGUCACCUUCUGGACUCUGUACGCCAUCGACCGUGAGCUCGUCUUCCCCAAGGUGCUGGAUCCGGUCUUCCCUAGCUGGCUAAACCAUGUCCUGCACACCAACAUUGUGGUCUUCAUCGUCCUGGAAUUGUUCACCUCGUACCGUGCGUAUCCCAAGCGUAGCCAGGGCUUGGCCGGACUGGCCACCUUUAUGGGCGCCUACCUGGUGUGGAUCCAUGUGGUGAAGCACUAUUCCGGUGUGUGGGUAUACCCAGUGCUGGAGGUCCUGCAGUUGCCCCAACGCAUCCUAUUCUUUGUCGCCGUCAUCGGAUUUACACUGUCGCUGUAUCUGCUGGGCGAGUUCCUCAACAACACCGUCUGGGCCAAGGAGGUUAAACUGGCCAAGCGCAAAACCAACUAAGAUUAGGCUGUGACCCGUUUCUGUUCCGUGUAGUCGCGUUUAAUUAGUCACAAUAUACAAGAAGAAAAUGAAGGAAAGAAAGGACCUGCUGCGGUUUUUAAAUUCACAUAAGUUAGAUGGGACUAUAUUUGUGUUUUUACUAAUUUUGGGUAUUUAAAAAUAUUUCCAAAAAUAAAAUCUAGAGAGAGAUGAUGAGGAAGCUAAUAACUGCAGCAUACCUUUUGAUUAAUUCGCCAAUAUAUAUUUUAAAUACCUUAAUGAAUUGUGAAAGUCUUUAAACGUAAUAGAGAAUACAGUUUGCUAAUGAUAUUCAUUCUAUUCUUAAUACAAAUUGCAUUGUACUUGAGAUUAUAGCCGUAGUUUACAUUCGGUUUAUUAGAAAAGUUGAGAGAUCGCCUUCUCGAUUGCAAACAACCUCAUAUCACAAGGCACAUACCACACAAUCUUUGAAUACCUGCGUUACAAUCUGUAAUUCAAUUCUAGUAUCGUAAUAAAAACAAACUUCGGUUUAAACAA